AUGUCCCACCAGAGGGAGGCCUCAGGACUAUAUCUCCUGUCUGUCCUGGGAAUGCCAGGGGAGUCUUCCGGAAGAGCUGGUGGAAGUGUCUGUACUUCCCUGCUGGAGCUGCUGCCCUGCAACUCGGACGCAGUUAGCCUGAGGAGAUUGAAGCAGGAGGAGCUGGUUGAUCGUCUGCAGAGAAGAACUCCUGAUGGAGCUUUUCGUGGACUUAAAUCUAGUCUGAAGGAGAAGUUCCAGUGUGUGUUUGAGGGGAUUGCUAAAGCUGGAAACUCAACUUCUCUGAAUGAGAUCUACACAGAGCUCUACAUCACAGAGGGAGAGACUGCAGAGGUCAAUAAUGAACAUGAGGUCAGACAGAUUGAAACAGCAUCCAGGAAACUAGACAGACCAGAAACAACCAUCAGACCAGAAGACAUCUUUAAAGCCUCACCUGGAAGACAGAAACCGAUCAGAAGAGUGAUGACAAAGGGAGUGGCUGGCAUUGGGAAAACAGUCUUAACACAGAAGUUCACUCUGGACUGGGCUGAAGACAAAACCAACCAGGACAUCCACUUCACAUUUCCCUUGACUUUCAGAGAGCUGAAUGUGUUGAAAGAGAGAAAGUUCAGCUUGGUGGAACUUGUUCAUCACUUCUUCACUGAAACCAAAGAAGCAGGAAUCUGCAGCUUUGAAGAGUUCCGGGUUGUGUUCAUCUUUGACGGUCUGGAUGAGUGUCGACUUCCUCUGGACUUCCACAACAAUAAGAUCCUGACUGAUGUUACAGAGUCCACCUCAGUGGAUGUGCUGCUGACAAACCUCAUCAGGGGGAAACUGCUUCCCUCUGCUCACCUCUGGAUAACCACACGACCUGCAGCAGCCAAUCAGAUCCCUCCUGAGUGUGUUGACAUGGUGACAGAGGUCAGAGGGUUCACUGACCCCCAGAAGGAGGAGUACUUCAGGAAGAGAUUCAGAGAUGAGGAGCAGGCCAGCAGCAUCAUCUCCCACAUCAAGACAUCACGAAGCCUCCACAUCAUGUGUCACAUGCCAGUCUUCUGCUGGAUCUCUGCUACAGUUCUGGAGGAUGUGUUGAAAAACAGAGAGAGAGGAGAGCUGCCCAAGACCCUGACUGAGAUGUACAUCCACUUCCUGGAGGUUCAGACCAAAGUGAAGGAGGUCAAGUAUGAUGGAGGAUCUGAGACUGAUCCACACUGGAGUCCAGAGACCAGGGAGAUGAUUGAGUCUCUGGGAAAACUGUCUUUUGAUCAGCUGCUGAAAGGAAACCUGAUCUUCUAUGAAUCAGACCUGACAGAGUGUGGCAUCGAUAUCAGAGCAGCCUCAGUGUACUCAGGAGUGUUGACACAGAUCUUUAAAGAGGAGAGAGGACUGUACCAGGACAAGGUGUUCUGCUUCGUCCAUCUGAGUGUUCAGGAGUUUCUGGCUGCAGUCUACAUGAUCCACUGUUACACCAACAGGAAGACAGAGGUGCUGGAGGACUUCCUGGGACAAAACUACAAUAACUCAACACUGGAUGUCUUCCUGAACAGAGUCAUGGAGAAAUCCCUGCAGAGUAAAAAUGGUCGCCUGGACCUGAUGGUUCGCUUCCUUCAUGGCGUCUGUCUGCAGUCCAACCAGAGACUGUUAAGAGGUCUGCUGGGUCAGACAGAGAUCAGUCCAGAAAUCAUCCAGAGAGCCAUCAACAACCUGAAGGAGAUGAACAUGUCCAACAUUUCUCCUGACAGAAACAUCAACAUCUUCCACUGUCUGAUGGAGAUGAACGACCUCUCGGUUAAUCAGGAGAUCCAAGAGUUCCUGAAGUCAGAGAACAGAUCAGAGAAAAAACUCUCUGAGAUCCACUGCUCAGCUCUGGCCUACAUGCUGCAGAAGUCAGAGGAGGUUCUGGAUGAGUUGAAUCUCAACAAGUUCAACACAUCAUGGGAGGGACGACAGAGACUGAUUCCAGCUGUGAGGAACUGCAGAAAGGCUCAAUUUUCUUACUGUGGACUCUCAGAGAGUCACUGUGAAGUUGUGGUCUCAGCUUUGAAGUCCAACCCCUCCCAUCUGACAGAGUUGGACAUGAGUUACAACAACUUCCUGAAGGAUUCAGGAGUGAAGCAACUGUGUGAUGGACUGAAGAGUCCAAACUGUAAACUGGAGCUGAGAAGGAGCCUUCCCAUUGAUGAACAAGCUGGUUGGACCACCCCCUCAUCUAUAUUCUCCAAACACAAGACAGCACCUGUAGACAAGGAGAGUGACCCUCCCCCUCAGAAUUUGAAUCUCUGCGGUUUGUCAGAGAUCAGCUGUGAUUCUCUGGUCUCAGCUCUGAAGUCCAACCCCUCCCAUCUGAAACAUCUGGACCUGAGUAUCAACGACCUGCAGGAUUCAGGAGUGAAACAUCUGCGUGGUUUUCUGGAGAGUCCAGACUGUAGACUGGAGACUCUGAGAUUGAAUUGCUGCAGUUUGUCAGAGAUCAGCUGUGAUUCUCUGGUCUCAGCUCUGAAGUCCAACCCCUCCCAUCUGAAACAUCUGGACCUGAGUGGAAACAACUUGAAGGAUUCAGAUGUGAAUCAGCUUCUUGAUCUUGAGAAGAGUCCAGACUGUAGACUGGAGACUCUGAGGUGGCAGUAAAGGUAAACAGGACGGUAUGUGAGCUGAGAGAGGAUGAGCUGAGUCCUGAUGAUCCAGAGGUUGAAUCAGCAGCAGCUUGUGUGUAGAGAGACUCUGACUGGACCAUGUUACUGGGAGGUGGAGUCAAGAGGAGAGCUUCAUGGAAGAUUAUUCAUUAAUUACACCAGCUCAGAGUCACCAAGAAACAGAGUCAUUAUUUAGAGUUGUUUUUUUGUCUUUCUUUGACUCAUUAUUUUUAUUUACCAGAAUUUCAGAGAAAUUGUCAGGAAGAUGGAUUUGUUGCAAAAUGAAGUUUUACAUUUGAUUUGUAAAUCAUUAAAACAGCUUAUAUUCUUGUAAAUGGCAAUAUUAUGAAAGGUACAAGCAAAUGCAAUUUUUAAACUGUUUAUUUGUUGGCUUGUGUGUCAAUGAACACUGAAAGUUGUCAGGAAAAUUUACUUAACAUAGCUAAGGUAUGAAUCAAUAAGGUAAAAAUCUGAUAAGAUUUUAUUUUGUAUUUACCUAUAAAGCGUUUUUCUUUUGUAUCUGGUUUUAAUCAUUUCAUUUCAGGUCAUAGCUGAAGAUUAAUUUAUGGUGGAUCUGUCUGUCAGUUAUUAAUUUUUUUGAGUAUUUGAGUAGUUUAAGUUAAACAUGUUUUUUUUUAUUAUUGAAAAUAUUUUGAAACCAACCAACAAUUAGGGGCGUGAGAAUAAAUAUUGUGCAUUCAAAAUGUUAUUUUUUAAUAUAUUGUCUUUGUACAAACUCCAAUAAAAAUGUGAA